AGAGUAACUCUUAAGGUUACUUUUACAACAGCCAUUUAAAUUAGAACCAAAGAAGAGGCAAACUUAUGCCGCUACAGUUGAAAGAGGCUGUAACUAUAUUCUUGUCUGUGCGAAAGGGGCUAGAGAGAUGUCUUCUUAGAGAAAUAAAGAGGAAUCCAUAUCUCAAUAGCAUAGAUAGGAUACACUAUACUAGACGUGAAAUAGAAUCGUCUAUAUCUAAUAAAGUCGAUGAUAUUAAAGAAUCAUUGGUGAAUAAAUCUGGAGAUAUUGGAAGCAGUAAAAUAGGUGUAUCUUCUAAAAAUAAGUGGAUAGUAAUUUCUGAACAAACGCAAUUGCCAGAAUACUCCCCAAAAGUAACAUUAUUGCCUGAACGAAAAACCAAACUUGUUGAUGAUUGCACUUUAAGACUUCAUUCGGGAGGUAUAGAAGUCAAAUGUAACAAGGAGUGGGUGAUCAGGAGUUUACUUACACUAAGAUCAAUAGAAAGCAUAUGGUUACGUGUUGGUACGCCAUUCAGGUGUCACAACGCUGAGGAUUUUACACAACGUAUAUCUCUAUUACCUUGGAAUGAAUUUCUCCCUAAUAUAAAGGUUGAAUCAAUCCCUCUGCGCGUCAUUAGUAGGCACUCAAGUUUAUGGUCACCCGUUGUAAUCCGUGAUUGUCUACGACAGGGUAUACGUCUUUACAAUUCGCGUGAUUCAUUACCGCAAUCUCGUAUAGAAUCUAGACCUGAUGAUCUUUGCAUAUCUGUGACAUUAAACCGUAAUACAUGUUAUAUUGCCAUUCAGUGCUCAUCAAGGUUGUCUCCUCGCCACUUUAACUUUUGUGGUAAUAAACUGUCCGGUGAUAUAAAUCAACAUAAAGAAUUUGAUAUACCUUUCUGGUCGCUUUCUAAAACAAGGAUCCAGGCACGUCUAGAUUCCACUAAACGAUUGGAGCCAAAAACUAUUGCAUCUAAUUCUAUUGAUGCUUUGGAUAGAAAGCCGCAAAGUAUUUCGGUGUUACGUAAUAACUACAUAGAGCAGCAAGAGGAGACGGGUGGAGACCAGUACAACACUGCUGAUGCUCUUGUUGCUGGGUUGUUACAUACAGGUGUCGUAUUAAAGGCGCUGGAGAAGACACCUAUCAGGAUAUGGAACCCAUUCUGUGGUAACGGUAUUAUCGUCUCUGAAAUAGUAUCAUUGCUUCUGCGGCUGCCUAAUUUCACAGAACAGCAUCCACCGUCAGAAUAUUUUAAAGAGCUUUUAGCUAAAUCAUCAAACGAAACGUACGAAUCUAUUUUAAGAUCAUCUUCAGAGUUAACGAAACAUUUGGCAAAAAGCAUUGAUAUUGUUGCAUCGGAUACUUCUUUAAUAAAUCUACAGCAUACGUCCAAAAAAUUAAACACUCUAUAUGAUUAUUACAAACCUCUGCUACCAAAAGAAAACUAUCACAAGCAUGUGAAUGAGCAAUCGUCAUUACAUAGUCAGUACUGCAAUAGAUUUCCCAUACAACUGGAAUUGCAUCAUGGUUCUGUGGGAGUAAUAUCCCCUCUAGUAUACAAGUCUAUGGUAAUAACAAAGAUACCGUCCAUGGGUAAAACUUAUGAUAAUAAUACAACGUACGGGAUAAUUAAAUUAUAUAAAGACUUUGGACACAUCGUCGCUUCUCGUUCUGACUGGAAUGGUGUAUUUGCCAUUGCUAGAGGAAGAGCGUUUGAAUACUACAGCGGUCUAGACUGGCAAUGUGUCGCUAAGGUUACAAGCUCUGUUGGCAGCGUUAUCAAACUACUGAAAUGGUCAGGAAAGACACGACAGCAAGAAUCACCUGAGGAAUUAUACGAACAGUUGCAGGAACUAUAGUU